AUGAGCAAUUUCAUACCUGAGACUAAGACUUUCGGCAAAUUCGACCCGCUCUUUACUAAUAAGUACGAUAAGGUGGGACCAGAAUUCGGACAAAUUCAAUAAUUGAAGAGUGAUUUCUUGGCUGCUAAUGUUGGAAAGUUAGAAGUACAACCAGAGAUACCUCAAAAUAUAGAGGGAUUGGUAUUGAGGAGUGCUAGGACAUAGAGAACUCCAGCGACAAUGGCUUGGUUUAGAAGGACAACCUCAUUCGAGAGAAAUGGAAUAUUCAACAUUCACACUCCAGUCAUGAAUACUAGAAUAUUGCCAUGGGUUUUCUUCAUUUUCAUUGCUUAUGGUUGGUAAGGAUACUAGAUUUCUUCAUGGAAUACUGUAGUCAAGAAGGAUUCAAAUGAGCCUCGUAACACUCCUUAUGAUAAAUUAUCGUUGAGAGAAUUACCACCUGCUAAGAAUUGGGCUAGACCCGGAUGAGUAGAUUGCAUGAAUAAUAUAUAUAUAAAAUAAAACAAAA